AUGGCGUGGAAGCUAUUACCGUUCCUAUUACUAUCCUUCCUCGGUGUCGCCAGUGCUAGCACGCAGGCAAACGAGAAUGACUUCGAUAACCAUCCCAGCACGAAGAGGGUGCCGAUGAGGUCUUUUAGCUUGGCAACGCCUUACUUAGACUCUGAUAUGUCGAAUCGAUGGUUUGAUUUUGGAGGAGACACCGUCAUUCGUGCAGACCGAUACAUUCGUUUGACCGCCGACCGACCAUCCCAAAGCGGCUGGAUUUUCUCUCGCGUGCCCCUUACUGCAACGAAUUGGCAGGUUGAGGUUGAUUUUGCUAUCAACGGCGAGGGAACCCUUCACGGUGAUGGCAUGGCCAUGUGGCUCACAGAAGGACGCGCAAGUCAGGGCCCAGUUUUUGGAUCGGCGGAUAAAUUCAAGGGCUUAGGUAUCUUCAUUGAUACUUACAAGAAUGGCCGACAAGGAAUGACCUUCCCAAUGGUGAUGGCUAUGAUUGGCGACGGCAACACCUUAUACGAUGCAGCCAAGGACGGUCAAGCGAACCAGCUCGCAGCAUGCUCGGCUCGAGGAAUCCGCGGCUCCUCAUAUCCCACCAAACUCCGUCUCACGUACUUCCAGGAUAAGUAUCUUGCUCUCGAUCUGCAAUAUAAGUCGGACAUGGCCUGGACUUCUUGCUUCAAGGUUGAGUCGAAACCUGAAACUCCGAUAAAUCUCCCCGCUGCGUCUUAUCUCGGCUUCAGCGCAGAAACUGGUGAACUUAGCGAUACCCACGAUAUCCUGGAAGUGGACGCAUUCUCCUUAUACACCAAACAAGGGAGUGACAGCACCGGCCCUGGCCAAACUGGCCAAUCUGGCAACCAAAGGAAUGCGCAAAAGGAUCACACAUAUACCUCACCAAAAAGCGGCGGUAGUUGGCUAUGGUUCUUCUUUAAAGUCAUCUUAUUCUUCGCUGUUGUUGCUGGAGCGUACGUUGGAUGGACUAUUUACAGGACUAGUAAGAGUGGGAGGUUCUAG